GAUAUUGUAAAAAAGAGGAAGCCGGAUGUGAAGGAAAUAACAAUAGUUACAGAAAAAACUAAGUCAUCAUCAAAAGUGAAGUUGAUACUAAUAACAGUUUUAGGCAGUGUUGGAAUGAUGAUUUUUAUGAGUUUCGGCGUCAUCCUAGUGCUUCGUCAUUGCAAUUCUACUAAAAUUGGUGGUUUCCCAAUCUUCUUCUUAAAUCAGAGCAUUGAGAGAGAAAAUAAUUAUUUUGGAGUUGAUGUCUUUUCCUAUUCUGAACUUCAAAAAGUUACAAAUAAUUUUGAUUCUUCAAAAGAAUUGGGAAAUGGUGGAUUUGGAACUGUUUAUCAUGGCAAACUUCGAGAUGGUAGAGAAGUUGCAGUGAAGCGAUUAUAUGAGCAAAACUGCAAGAGAGCAGAACAGUUUAUAAAUGAAAUCGAAAUCCUAACCCGUCUAAGGCACCGCAAUCUUGUAACUCUCUAUGGUUGCUCCUCAAGAAACAGCCGCCCCCUCCUCCUUGUGUACGAAUACAUCCCCAACGGAACACUUGCAGAUCAUCUGCACGGCAAAAGAGCGAAAGACAGAUCACUCCCAUGGCCAAUUCGCAUGAACAUUGCCAUAGAAACAGCCAACGCUUUGGCUUACCUCCACGCUUCUGACAUAAUACACCGUGAUGUCAAGACUGCCAACAUUCUUCUCGACCACAACUUCGCUGUCAAAGUUGCUGAUUUCGGGCUUUCGAGACUGUUCCCCAUUGAUGUCACUCAUGUCUCCACUAUGCCUCAAGGGACGCCCGGUUACUUUGAUCCCGAGUACUACGAGUCUUAUAAGCUCACUGACAAGAGUGAUGUUUAUAGUUUCGGAGUGGUCCUGGUAGAGCUUGUAUCUUCAUUGCCUGCGGUGGAUAUGGACAGAGAUUCACAUGAGAUCAACCUGGCAAAUUAUGCUAUGAACAGGAUACUAGCUAGCGCAUUUGAUGCUUUGGUUGAUCCAUGUUUGGGGUUCGGAACAGAUACCGAGGUUACGAGGAUGACAACUUUGGUGGCAGAGUUAGCAUUUCGAUGCUUGCAACCCAGAAAGGAUAUGAGGCCUACUAUGUUUGAUGUCCUUGAGACGCUGUUGGAGAUUCAAGGAGGUCAUGGGAUCAAAGACGAAAUUGGAUUUACAAAAUACCCUCUUUCACCAGACACGGAAGAGAUUUUGUUGAAGAACAAAUUUCCAACAUCACCAAAUUCUUUAACUGAAAAGUGGAUUUGUAGCACCAGUACAGCUAGCAAUAGUGUUUGA